GCGGCGCUAGUUUUCUGUAGGACUACUUCUCGGAAGUACCGCUGUCAUUCCUGACGCUCGUUGUGUCCUUGUUAGCUUGCAAGCUAACUAAUGUCCACCAUCUGGAAAGAUGAUUUGAAUUGUGUCUUUACUUUUAAAUUAAUUAAGGUGUAUAUUUGUCUACUGUAGCUUAUAGCAUAAUGUUGCGAGCGGGGAAUGCGGUUGCCUGCCUGGCCUGCAGGAGCCUACUGUCUCCCAGGAUGGGACUGAGGGUUGGUGUGCCCAUCCAGAAGCUUCACCCCUUAUCCCGUGCCAUCCACCACAGAUACACCAAUGCCAACUCCCAGAGGACACCACACCGAACUGCUGCCCGCCACUUUACCUCUCUUUCUAGACUACCCCCGCGUUCCUACAAGUACCGAUAUGGUGGCCAGUGGGGUCAUGGCUAUCAACAACACCGCAAUUUCUGGGCAGUGCGCUUGGCCUCCAGGCUGCUCAAGCUACGAUACCUUCUGCUGGGGUCAGCUGUGGGAGGAGGGUACACUGCUAAAAAGACUUAUGAGGAGUGGAAAGACAUGCUGCCUGAUCUCAGUGAAUACCAAUGGGUAGUGCCUGAUUUUGUGUGGGAGCUCACUGAACAAAUUGACCUAGAAAAGCUGGCCAGAGCUCUACCUGAUGCUGAGGAGCUAGCCAAGCUAAUGCCCGAUUUGGAAAAGUUUGGAGAGAACUUUACCUUUCUUAAGGGUCUUCUGUCCACUGGUAUGAGUUUGGUUAGUGAAGUCAAUGGAGCUUCUGGUCUGCGUCUGUUGUUAGAAACCCCUGGCGAGUCGGCCCUGAAGGCCCCAGAGGCUCCGGUGGCGGCCGCCACAGCCGCGUCGACAGCCGCUUCGCCCGAUAACGACAAGCAGUACAAGAAGCAGGGUUUGCUUGGCGAGCUCAUUCUCAUUCAGCAGCAGAUCCAGCAGCACGAGGAGGAGGUCCGAAGGGCGGCGGCGGCAGCAGCAGCGGCCAAUAGCGCGCGGCCCGCUCCUGCUCCUGCUCAACCUCCGCCUCCACCACCACCACCACCACCUCCGCCGCCCGAACCCAGCCCAAGCCCGACCCCCACUCCAGCCCCGGCCCAGAGCGCCAUCCCCAGCCCAAGCCCCUCGCAGCACAAGCGCAAGCCAUCGGAUAAAGAGAAAAUAGACCAACUACAGGAGGAUCUUCUCCGCACUCAGCUGAAGUACCAACGCAUGCUCGAGCGUCUGGAGAAGGAGAACAAGGAGCUGAGGAAGGUGGUGCUGCAGAAGGAUGAUAAAGGCAUUCAUCAGAGGAAGGUCAAGAAGUCUCUGAUUGACUUGUACUCAGAAGUGCUGGACAUCCUUUCUGACUAUGACUCCAACUACAACACUCAAGACCACCUGCCAAGGGUGGUGGUGGUCGGGGACCAGAGUGCCGGGAAGACCAGCGUGCUGGAGAUGAUCGCCCAGGCCAGGAUCUUCCCCCGAGGCUCGGGCGAAAUGAUGACCAGGUCGCCUGUCAAGGUGACCCUCAGUGAAGGCCCUCACCACGUGGCCAUGUUCAAGGACAGCGGCCGAGAGUUUGACCUCACCAAAGAGGAGGAUCUGGCUGCCCUCAGGCACGAGAUCGAGCUCAGGAUGAGGAAGAGCGUCAAGGAUGGCCAAACCGUCAGCACGGAGACAAUUUCUCUAAGUGUCAAAGGCCCAGGAAUCCAGAGGAUGGUGUUGGUUGACCUGCCAGGUGUUAUUAGUACGGUGACCGCAGGAAUGGCAGCAGACACCAAGGAGACCAUUUUCAGCAUCAGUAGAGCGUACAUGCAGAACCCCAAUGCCAUUAUCCUCUGCAUUCAGGAUGGUUCAGUGGAUGCCGAGCGCAGCAUUGUCACGGACCUGGUCAGCCAGAUGGACCCCCAGGGCAAGAGAACCAUCUUUGUCUUGACCAAAGUCGACCUGGCCGAGAAGAACCUGUCCAGCCCCAGCAGGAUUCAGCAAAUUGUUGAAGGCAAGCUGUUCCCAAUGAAGGCCUUGGGAUACUUUGCUGUGGUUACUGGCAAAGGAAGUGCUGGUGAAAGCAUUGACUCCAUUAAAGACUACGAGGAAGAUUUCUUCCAGGGCUCCAGACUAUUAAGAGACGGCAUGCUGAAGGCCCACCAGGUCACCACCAAGAACCUGAGCCUGGCCGUGUCCGACUGCUUCUGGAAGAUGGUGCGGGAGUCCGUGGAGCAGCAGGCCGAUGCCUUCAAAGCCUCUCGCUUCAACCUGGAGACGGAGUGGAAAAACAACUACCCACGCUUACGUGAGCUGGACAGGAACGAGCUCUUUGAGAAGGCCAAGAAUGAGAUCCUGGACGAAGUGAUCAGCCUGAGUCAGGUCACGCCCAAACACUGGGAGUCCAUACUGCAGAAGAAGCUGUGGGAGAGGGUGUCCACGCACGUCAUUGAGAACAUCUACUUGCCGGCCGCCCAGACCAUGGACUCGGGCACCUUCAACACCACUGUGGACAUCAAGCUGAAGCAGUGGACAGACAAGCAGCUGCCUCACAAAGCAUUGGAGGUUGCCUGGGAGACGUUGCAGGAAGAGUUUGCACGCUUUAUGGCAGAGUACAAAGGGAAAGACCAGGAUGACAUCUUUGACAAGCUGAAGGAGGCCGUCAAGGACGAGAGCAUCAAGAGACACAAGUGGAACGAGAGGGCCAUGGACAGCUUGAGGGUGAUUCAACACAACGCCCUUGAGGACCGCUCUAUCACAGACAAGCCUCAGUGGGAUGCUGCCAUCCAGUUCAUGGAGGAGACUCUGCAGUCCCGCCUCAAAGACACUGAGUCUGUAAUUCAUGAUAUGGUGGGACCAGACUGGAAAGAGAGGUGGAUGCACUGGACAAACCGCACGGGAGACCAGCACAUCCGCAACGAAACCAAAAACGAGCUGGAGCGCCUGCUGAAGCUGCAGGAGGACCACACAGCCUACCUGGCCAACGACGAGGUCACCACCGUACGCAAGAACCUGGAGAGCCGCGGCGUUGAUGUGGACCCUGUGCUGAUCAAGGACACGUGGCACCAGUUGUACCGACGCCACUUCCUGCAGAAGGCCCUGGCCCACUGUAACCUCUGCCGACGAGGCUUCUACUACUACCAGAGACAUUUCGUAGACUCUGAACUGGAGUGCAAUGACAUUGUGCUGUUCUGGAGGAUCCAGCGCAUGCUGGUCAUCACUGCCAACACGCUGAGGCAACAGCUCACCAACACGGAGGUACGUCGCCUGGAGAAGAACGUGAAGGAGGUACUGGAGGACUUUGGGGAGGACACGGAGAAGAAGACCCAGCUGAUCACCGGCAGGAGAGUUCAGUUGGCCGAGGACCUCAGUGAAAAAAGUUCGGGAAAUCCAGGAGAAACUUGAAGCAUUCAUUGAAGCCCUUCACAAAGAAAAGUAGACAUAAACGCUGGAUGCAACUUACAGUUCACAGAAAAUGCACUGUUCAAAGAAGACUAAUUCACCUACGGCCCUUUUGUAAAUGACUGUUCUCCCGACCUCAUCCGCAUCCAGCAUUUGAUUUUAACAUGAAGAUACUCUCUCACACAUACUAUAUAUAUAUAUAUAUAUAUAUAUAUGCACACACACACACACACACACUGGCACACUCUAAAAGGAGUCUGCAGCUAGACAUUUCUUCGCUCGCUGCUUCAGGAGGAAGAUAAAGAGUGGAUGCUCUCUCCUCCAGCCAGUGAGCGGCUGCUUGGCUCUAUCAGCGACUGGGAAAGAAGCCCUCCAUAAGCCGAGAGUGACCCUGUCACAGCCGGAUGCAGUCUCCCCCCCCCUCCCCCCUCCUCUGGUGGCUCAAAAGCACUUGAUGCGUUCAGCAGACAUGUCCUCCACAUGGACAUACUCCACAGAGAAGGAGCGAAUGAGUGGGAGAGGGAGGAAGGCAAAAAAAAAAGAGACGCACUUACAUACACCUCCACUCCUCUCGUCCUCCUCCACCUCUCUGUUCUCCCUCACUUCCCAUAAAUGAAGAUUUUGUGCAGGUGUCUUCUGUCACCCCCCCCCCCCCCCCCCCCCCCAUACACCCUACUACCCCCACCCCACUCUUAUCACGCACUUUGGCUGUCGUCAUCCAUUUGGCUGCGUUUGCCAGGCGCGUCUAUCAGACACGUAUCUGCUGGUGAUGUCUAGGAGGCCGUGGGUGUAGGGGAGGAUGCAGUGCUCCUGUCAGCCUGCAGAUAACCGUGAAGCACUUAGCAUCAGCAGCCCCCGGUGUCGGGCCCCAUCCCAUAGGAUUUGUAGGCUUUCCAACGGGGGAAGUGUUGUAGUUUAUCACCAACUGAUAAUGUACUCUUGCUUACAGUAUGGCGGCUCUAUUUAAACUUAGCACCUCCAUCUUAUGUUUGUUUGACUAAUGUAGGGAUUAAAAAGCGAACUGUUUGCCUUUAUUUAUUUUUGUUCCUGAUGUGAGAUGUGAGACUAAUUGAAGUUGGGUACACGUAAACCGAGAUCCUUUUCACUCAUUUCUGCUUGGGUUCGAGAGCGUCUCUGAGAGAUCUGUCUGUGUAGUGCGUUGCACAUCACGGACCUCACACUCGUGGUGUUUCAUGUUAGCUCUAUGUCCUGCAGGCCUUCAUUGAGAAAACAGUGCGGAGCCUCCACUACCGUCUCUGGUCUCUGGGGGAGCCGCAGCUCUUAGGCCUGUUGGCUGUCUUCCUAGUGGUGAAGUCAGAAUGGGGGCGGGGGUCCACACUCACACUCACACUCACACGUUUGGCUGCCCUCUCCACUCGAUUCACUCUGCUUCCGGCUCUUUUCCCUCUCUCCAUCUCUCUCACUUUCUCUUUUCCCUCUCCAUCUCUCUCACUUUCUCUUUUCCCUCUCCAUCUCUCUCUUUUUCUUUCCAGUUCUCUCCAUCUCUCGCUCACCUUAGCCCUUUCCUCCCAUAAGACGUGAGCGUUCUUCCUUUCCCUCGGAGGAAGAA